AUGCACUACUCAGGAGGUGUAACGAAAUUCAACAUCGCUGGAGUAGCGCCAUCGCAACCAGGCCAGAUAGCUUGGAUACAGAUCCCCAGCGUGUCAUUCUUCAAUUGGCAUCCAUUUACCAUUGCUUCUGCACCUGGACAAAAUGAAACCACGCUCGCCGUCAGGGCGCUUGGCUCAUUUACCAAAAAGGUGCAAACCGUUGGGGAAGAUGUUGUAAAGGUUGCUCAAUCAACAUCAAUCGAAGGAGGAACAUACGAAGCUGUAUCUACGGAAAUGAAUUUUCCCAAACUACAGAUUGAUGGUCCGUAUGGUGUCGGUCAUUUGCAAUGGGGCGCACAUCCAGUGAUCGUACUCGUGGCUGGCGGAAUUGGCAUCACCCCCGGCAUCAGUAUUGCGAAACACAUUGUGAAUCAAGGUAAAUCAGGACUUGUAUCCAUGUCUGGAGGCUGGCAUAUUCAUCUCUUGUGGACGGUGAAGAAUUUUGAUCACAUCUCCUGGUUCGAAGCGGAGCUGAAGAGCCUCGCUGAAAUUGCGUCGGAUCAAGCUGUACCCGUCACGCUGGAUAUCACGAUUCACGUUACAAGUGGCGUGGAGGAAGACAGCGAAUCUGUAAAGUUUUAUGGCAUCGGGGAUAUCUACCAAGGCCGUCCAGAUUUGAUGAAAUGGUUUGAGGACGUGAGAGAUGCGAGAAUGGGCAUGGAUGCUUCAGUUAAUCUCUGUGGGCCUGCACAAUUGAUACGCAGCGGAAGAAUAGCAGCGUCAAAAGCAAGUUGUGAAGAUAUUCUGUUUCAUGUAGAAGAGGAGACUUUUGAAUUUUAG